AUGGAGAGGCAAGAGUUUUCAGGGUCCUCCCCGCUGACCGAAGUGACAGAUGGGCAGGAGACGACAGAUGAGUGCGCUGGCCCCGAAGUCUUACACAGGCCCCUUGUGCUCAACAUCCUCAACGCGCACGAGCUGGGGGAGUCUGAGGAGGAAUUCGAGGAACCGGAGAAGGCGGGUGAGCAAGACCGGAGAGACCAGCGCAAGGGGCGCGAUGAGUCCGUCAGGCUCCGCAAGUCCAGCGGCCACUACGAGCCCCACGAGCCCCACGGACACUACGAGCCCCACGAGCCCCACGGACACUACGAGCCCUACGAGCCCUACGAGCCCCACCGACCCGAGCCCAGCGAACCCUACGAGCCCCACGAGCCCUGCGCGCCCCAGGACCUCCAGGACCCCUUUGCAGCCUACGAGCCCCAUGAGCCUCACGCACCCCGCAAACCCCGCAAGGCCCAUAAGUCCCACAAGUCCCGCAAGUCCCCCGAAGCCCACGAAGCCCGGUGGCCUCCCGGGGCCGCAAUGAUGAUCUCCCCGUCUCUGAUCACCAGAGCCCCGCCACAGCGUCAGCGGUCUUCCCUGCCCGCAAAUCCUGUCUCCUGUGGCUUCAUAAGGACAUGUUCUUUUUCUAGGAAGAAAAUCCAAGAUCUUUCUAGGCCUAAAAAGCAAUGGGGAACUCCAGAUAGAAAACUGUUUUGGGGAAAUCAGGAUCCUAUUCGUCCUGUUCCCCAGGGUGCAUUGAAGGCUCAGCUGACCCAAAGACUUGAGGAUCUUGCCCAACACAAAAAAGUCUCCAGCCUAUACGUACCUAACAGGGCUCAAUAUUACUACAGCUGUGGAAGAGAGUCUGUAAUUUGGACAAUCCCUCCUCCUGCAUUGUUUAGCCAACCCUCCAAAAGGAUCCAGAGGCUGGCACAGCCCAAUAGAUUCAAAAGACAGACUCUACCAGAUAGGCCCUUCAGUGAUUACUUAGCAAGAACGGCUCUCCAAAUCCCUGAUCCUUCUCCCCGGAUAUUACAACUCUCGAUAGCCAAAGGCACAGAUCCAAACUACCUUCCUCCAAGAACCAUUGAAACCAAGAUUUCAAUUCCUACCCUGAGUGCUGUUGCAACUCCAAGAGUUGUAGACCUUGCCCACCCAAGGCUGAAGAUAGAGGGUCUGUGCUUCGAAAGACAAAACAGUGAACUUCCCAUCCGUCCUGUAGCCCCUGCUGCCCUGCAAGCCAUUGCUGGCCCCCGAACAGUAGCUCUAGCUAAGGCCAAGCCUCUUCAUCAAGAUUAUCUCCCUGGCCGUGAUGCCUACUGGCCAGUGUCUUACGCUGCUGCCCAUUCCCAAGUAUCACCCAGAGUUCAGGAGCUAACUAGUCCAAGUGCAAGGUCUCCUGCGCAUAUUGUGUAUUACGAUCCAGAGGUCUUUAAAGUCAAGCCGGCUGCUUUGAAAGCACAAUGUUCUCAAAGGGUUCGGGAGUUGUCAGUUCCUCUUGUACGUUAAAUACAGACAGCCACAUCCGUUAGGCCCUAGUUAUCUAUCGAGAACACAUAAUGUAAGAUGACUUAGUUCCCUGUUCUGGUACUGUCAGUUUAUAUUCCGUCCCCUUCAAAAAAAAAGAGAGAGAGACUUCCAGGAAACUGCACCAUAAUCUUCAAAUAGCAGUUGCUGCUGUUACCUGUCUACCUGUCGGGUAUUAGCAGGUUUGGGACUCUGGCAUGCAAUAAAAGGGAGAAUGAGAGCCUGAGAGCCGGCCUUAUUAUCCUCGCUAUUCCUCGCAAGCUUCCCGGCUGCCUCGGUGCCGGUGCCGCGCUGACCUGAAGAACCGCUCGCUCUUCCACCUGUCUGCAGGCUUGGCUUUUCCUUUCCUCCUGAGUCCCGUGUUCCCCAGUAGCCGAUCCUGCCUCAGACCCCUGUCCAGCGAGCCUUGGGAAUUGAGACCAUGCUUCGUGUUACUUUGCCAGCCUCACCUCGUUACCUAGAAAAAACACGGUGAAGACUCUUGGAAAAAUCAAAAUGCUUUUUAUAAUCUGUAGCUGACAUUUAGGGAACAGGUUACCUUAAGUGAUCACAUCUCCACCAACUCCUGCUCAGAGACGCUUACUGUGCAUGACAGAAAAAGCAAGAGGUUUGGCAGCAUUAUAAUUCUCUGUCAAACUGCAUCUGCCCAGAGUUUUUAUCUUAUUUAUUUUAUUCUUUCCGUGGAUCAGAAUUUUACAAAUUAAACCAACUUUCAUGGUGCAUAUAUAGAUUUGCAUGAAAAUGAACUUACUUGAAAACUAAUUUUAUAGAUGAAUGAGUUCUGUCUUUAAGGCGUUUGUGGUACAUAGUAUUGUUUUUUUUCUGUUUUUUUUUUUUU